UACUCCCACUCCCACUCCCACUCACACUCACAUUCUUACUCGCCACCUUUUCUUCACUCUCUUACUUUCUCUCUCCUCAAACAAAAAAAACAGCGAUGAAUUCAACGGUGGCACUCCUACUGGUAUUUAUAGCCGUUGCAUCAGCGGCGUUAACAGAAGCAAAAGAUUCUCCGGCACCAGUGGACUGCACGACAGUGGUACUAAGCAUGUCGGAUUGUUUGUCGUACGUUACUAACGGUUCUACCGUACAAAAACCAGAAGGAAACUGUUGUUCUGGCUUGAAGUCUGUUCUUAAAACUAAUGCUGAAUGUCUUUGUGAAGCUUUUAAAAGUAGUAGCCAAUUCGGAAUCGUUUUGGAUGUUUCUAAAGCUCUUGCUCUUCCUGAUGCUUGCCAUGUUCAUGCUUCCAAAUGCGGCUUGUCUCUUUCUCCAACAGGUGCUCCUUCUCCAGCUGGUGUAGUUGUUGCUCCUGCAGGUGCUCCAACUGGUGCACCAAUCGCCAACGCUCCGUCAAUGGGUGCCGGAAGCAAUGUAGUGUCACCUGCGUUGUCUCCAACAGGAAACACUGGUUCCGCCUCGGCCAUUGGUUUUUCAGCGAAGCUAGUCGUUGCGGGUUUAGCGGCAGCAUUAUUCUCUAGUUUUUGAGGUCGAAGAGAGUUUAUCUUGCAUAGUGUUAUUAGCAUAUUUGGUUUUGAAGGCACUGUGUUUUGCCAUAUGGUUUGAUUUCUUUACCAACAUUUUUUUGACCUUCUGGGUGGAAUUGGUUGUGUGGAGGGUGGUGUUUAUGUUCUCAUGUGAGACGUUUGUUUAGGUCCUUACUGAUAUCAAGACCACUGUUUUACUAGCUGAUAUUAGUAGUAUUGUUAGUGUUAUUAUUAUCAUUAUUGGUAUUAAUUUUGUGUUUGAUUGUUCUUGAA